AUGUCUAAACUACAGGUAACUCUAGGCGAACUCAACAACGUUGACGGAAGCGCCCGUUUGUCCGUGGGAAGCACAAAAGUCGUGGUUUCUGUCACCGGACCAAUCGAGCCAAAAAUCCGCCAGGAACUCCCCACCCAGGCCAGCUUGGAAAUAAUAGUGAGACCCAGUCGAGGUCUUUCUGGCACACGAGAAAAAACGCUAGAAGACUUGUUGCGUCUGGUGUUGCAGGCCGUGAUUGUGCGUUUCAAAUACCCAAGACAGCUAAUCCAAAUUGUGGUGCAGUUUUUGGCCAGCGAUCUAGAUAAAGAUGAGUCUUCCAGUGAAACCGGUGGCCGCUUCAACACCGGUGCCAGUUAUAUGACCAACGAGUUGAGUGCAGCCAUCAAUUGCUGUUACUUUGCCCUCGCCGAUGCGAACGUAGCCUUGCACACGUCAUUUGCUGCCACGUCGAUUGCCAUCGAUGAAAAUAAUGCUCCGGUGUUCAACGCGGAAUUGCCCGUCUUGAAGAAGUCUUUGAGUCAUCAUACGGUGUGUUUUGACAUUCAGGAGAAGAAGGCAUCCAAGAUUCUUUUGGUCGAAAGUAAUGGUGCGUUCUCCGAGGAGCAGCUUCUUUCCACGAUUCAAAGUGCGAGCGUAGAGUGCGAGCGUAUUCAUUCGGAGGUUCAAAGACUGGUUUUGGAGAAGAAAAUCGAUGCAGACUACAUCUGGAGCAAAUAG